AUGGCGGGGCUCUGGGUGAGCGUGGGCUCGCGGGUCGCGGCGGGACAGCGCGGGCAGCGGUCGCCGCAGCAGCUGAUGCGGAGCGCGGCGCUGUGGACCCUGCAGAAUGUUUCACACCAUUCAAGACAGCAUUUAAUGGUGACCCGUAGUCUCUGUUCAGCAGCAUAUGAUUCUAAUGAAAAAACCUUUGAUAAAAUUCUUGUUGCUAAUAGAGGAGAAAUUGCAUGUAGGGUUAUUAAAACUUGCAAGAAGAUGGGCAUUAAGACGGUCGCCAUCCACAGUGAUGUUGAUACUAGCUCUGUUCAUGUGAAGAUGGCGGACGAGGCUGUGUGUGUUGGCCCGGCUCCCACCAAUAAAAGCUACCUCAACAUGGAGGCCAUCCUGGAAGCCAUCAGGAAAACCAGGGCCCAAGCUGUGCAUCCAGGAUAUGGAUUCCUUUCAGAAAACAAAGAAUUUGCCAAAUGUUUGGCAGCAGAAAAUGUCGUUUUCAUUGGACCUGACACACAUGCUAUUCAAGCUAUGGGUGACAAGAUUGAAAGCAAAUUACUAGCUAAGAAAGCAAAGGUUAACACAAUUCCUGGCUUUGAUGGAGUAGUCAAGGAUGCAGAUGAAGCUGUCAGAAUUGCAAAGGAAAUUGGCUACCCUGUCAUGAUCAAGGCCUCAGCAGGUGGUGGUGGGAAAGGCAUGCGAAUCGCUUGGGAUGAUGAAGAGACCAGGGAUGGCUUUAGGUUUUCAUCUCAAGAAGCUGCUUCUAGUUUUGGUGAUGAUAGGCUACUAAUAGAAAAAUUUAUUGAUAACCCUCGUCAUAUAGAAAUUCAGGUUUUAGGUGAUAAACAUGGGAAUGCUUUGUGGCUCAAUGAAAGAGAAUGCUCAAUUCAACGAAGGAAUCAGAAAGUGGUGGAAGAAGCACCAAGCAUUUUUCUGGAUUCUGAGACUCGGAGAGCAAUGGGAGAGCAAGCUGUAGCUCUUGCCAAAGCAGUCAAGUAUUCUUCUGCUGGAACUGUAGAGUUCCUUGUGGACUCAAAGAAGAAUUUUUAUUUCUUGGAAAUGAAUACCAGACUCCAGGUUGAGCAUCCUGUCACAGAAUGCAUAACUGGUCUGGACUUAGUCCAAGAAAUGAUCCGUGUUGCCAAGGGUUACCCUCUCAGGCACAAACAAGCUGAUAUUCCCAUCAACGGCUGGGCAGUUGAAUGUCGGGUGUAUGCCGAGGACCCCUACAAGUCUUUUGGUUUACCGUCUAUUGGGAGAUUGUCUCAGUACCAAGAACCAGCACAUCUACCUGGUGUCCGGGUUGACAGCGGUAUCCAACCAGGAAGUGAUAUUAGCAUUUACUAUGAUCCAAUGAUUUCCAAACUAAUCACAUAUGGUUCUGAUAGAACUGAAGCACUGAAGAGAAUGGAAGAUGCACUGGAUAAUUAUGUUAUUCGAGGUGUUAUACAUAAUAUUGCGUUACUUCGAGAGGUAAUAAUCAACUCACGCUUUAUAAAAGGAGACAUCAAUACUAAAUUUCUUUCUGAUGUAUAUCCUGAUGGCUUUAAAGGACACAAGUUAACAGAGAGUGAGAGAAACCAGUUAUUGGCAAUAGCAUCAUCAUUGUUUGUGGCAUCCCAAUUAAGAGCACAACAUUUUCAAGAACAUGAAAAUUCAAGAGUGCCUAUUGUUAAACCACAAGUGGCUAACUGGGAGCUUUCAGUAAAACUGAAUGAUGAAGUUCAUACUGUUGUAGCAUCAAACAAUGGGAAAAUGUUCUCGUCUUAUUUGGUGUCACAACAGGUGGAAGUUGAUGGGUCGAAACUAAAUGUGACCAGCACAUGGAACCUGGCUUCACCCUUAUUGUCUGUCAACGUUGAUGGCACUCAGAGGACGAUACAGUGUCUUUCACGAGAAGCAGGUGGAAACAUGAGCAUUCAAUUUCUCGGUACAGUGUACAAGGUGCAUAUCUUAACCAAACUCGCCGCAGAAUUGAGCAGAUUUAUGCUGGAAAAAGUGGCCGAGGAUACAAGCAGCACUCUUCGCUCCCCGAUGCCUGGCGUGGUGGUGGCCGUCUCUGUCAGCCCUGGGGACCUGGUAUCAGAAGGUCAGGAAAUAUGUGUGAUUGAAGCCAUGAAAAUGCAGAACAGUAUGACAGCUGGGAAAACUGGCAAGGUGAAAUCAGUCCAUUGUAAAGCUGGGGACACAGUUGGAGAAGGAGAUCUGCUCGUGGAACUGCAAUGA